AUGAGCAGCUGCUUCUCCCAGAUAUUUUAUUUAUUUUUUACUUUCAUCAUUUUUGGAUAUCUCUCUCUCUCUCUCUUUCUCUCUCUCUGUCAAUUGAUCUAUUUCUUCUUCUUCUCUCUCUCUUUCUCCCUGUCGAUUGAUCUAUUUCCUCUCUCUCUGUCAAUUGAUCAAUUUUUUCUUCUUCUUUCUUUUCUUCUUCUCUCUUUUUCUCUCUAUCAAGUGUUGUAUUUCUUCUUCUCUCUCUCUCUAUCAAUUGAUCUAUUUCUUCUUCUUCUUCUUCUUCUGCCUUCUAUCUCUCCCUCUCUCUGUCUAUUGAUCUAUUUCUUCUUCUUCUUCCCUCUCCCUCUUUCUCUCUAUCAAUUGAUCUUAUUCUUCUACUUCUUCUUCUGCUUCUUCUUUCCUAUCUCUCCCUCUCUCUGUCUAUUGAUCUAUUUCUUCUUCUUCCCUCUCUCUCUUUCUCUCUUUUCUUCUUCUCUCUUUUUCUCUCUAUCAAGUGUUGUAUUUCUUCUUCUUCUCUCUCUCUCUCUCUAUCAAUUGAUCUAUUUCUUCUUCUUCUUCUUCUUCUUCUUCUUCUUCUGCUUCUUCUAUCUCUCCCUCUCUCUGUCUAUUGAUCUAUUUCUUCUUCUUCCCUCUCUCUCUUUCUCUCUAUCAAUUGAUCUAUUUCUUCUUCUUCUUCUUCUUCUUCUUCUUUCCUAUCUCUCCCUCUCUCUGUCUAUUGAUCUAUUUCUUCUUCUUCCCUCUCUCUCUUUCUCUCUGUCAAUUGAUCUAUUUCUUCUUCUUCUUCUUCUCUCUCUGUCAAUUGAUCUAUUUCUUCUCUCUCUCUCUCUCUGUUGA